AUGACUACCCAAACGCCUCUUCAUUUUAAACAAAGUAAAGCAGUUACAAUACGGACGGUCUCUUCUCAUCUCAAGACAAACUCAAGUUCGUUCUCUACGAGCCCCCACGCUGUUCAGCGGAUUCACCCCAAACACGGCUAUUCCCUUAGGAAGUGGCUCAGCAGGGUCACGGUCUCAAAGACGGAGCCAUCCCGAGAUUUUGGAACAGAGCAGCAGAGAACAUCCCCUUUGGCAUCACCCCUUCCUUCCUCACCUCAUUUAACAGCUUCUUCUUUUGAUUCAGCUCCUCCACGUGUGAACCCACCAUUCGGGCCUCUUUUCCGAGCAAGGCUUCUAGCACAGACCACAGCAAUCAGAAAAGGACAAGAUAUAGCAAGCGACCAGCUGGAACUACCAAAACCCACCCGUGGGACUCAACACCAGGAUGCCUUUUGUGCAAAUACCCCGUGCUUCGCCGGCGUGAAGUGUGAGCCAGCCAAAGACGGAGCUUUUAAAUGCGGGCCCUGUCCUCCUGGCUACAGCGGUAAUGGAACUGCAUGUGAAGUGCUCUGUGAUCCGCCCUGCGAGCACGGAGGAACCUGUGUAUCUCAAAACACUUGUUCUUGUGCUUAUGGAUUUGUUGGUCCUCAAUGUGAAACAAUGGUUUGCAACAGGCACUGUCACAACGGCGGCAUCUGUGUGUCCCCGGACGAGUGCAAAUGCACAAAUGGAUGGAGCAGCCCUUCCUGUGAAAUAGCUGUGUGCAAUCCUGUGUGUUUAAAUGGAGGAAUCUGUGUACGGCCAAAUACGUGCAUGUGUCCUUAUGGUUUUUAUGGACCACAGUGCCAGAGAGCUGUUUGUGUUCCUCCCUGUAAGAACGGUGGUCACUGUGUUCGAACCAACGUGUGCUCCUGCCCUGAGGGUUACGUGGGCAGAAGGUGCCAGAGAACGUCUCCCAAAACGUGUAAAUCACCCCGGUCUGAUUGGCUGCCAGCGGAGACAGACGGAUUUGCCUGGUGUGUUUACUGA